AUGCAAGCUUUUGAGUGGCAUCGUUGUUUCAGAGAAGGCAGGGAAAGUGCCAAAGACUAUGAAUGCUGUGGCCGUCCAAUGACUUCACACACCGAUGAAAACAUGAAAAAGGUGUCUGCGGUGGUACACGCAAAAAGGCAGCAAAUAAUUUGCCAAAUAGCAGAAUCAGUUGGGAUUUCAGAGACCACAUGUCAGCAGAUACUGACUAAGGAUCUUAACAUGCAUAGGGUGUGCCAACAUAUCAUUCCCCGCAUGUUAAAUGUAGACCAAAAUGGAAUUCGAAUGGAAAUGGUGGAAGACUUAAUCUUGGCUGUUGACAAAGAUCCUUCCCUACUUGGCAGAAUAGUUACUGGAGAUUAG